CCUUCCUUCCCUUCCCUUCCCUUUCUCCUCAAGUCAGACUAUAAAUAUUUCGAGAUCUGAGGUUUUCUUCUCCGUCCCCAAACUCCCUUUUUGCCCCCAUUAAAUGCUCUCAAAUCUCUCCCGUGGCGCACCGAGUCAGCGGAGGAGGCGCCUCCUUCUCUACGAUCCUCCCCCAAAUCCUUCCUCGUUUCUUUCCGAUCUCCGCCGCAUUAAUUGCCCCUUUCCUCGCGAUCAUCGACUCCGCUAGCAAUGAUGCUGCGCUUGCCCUCUUCCGACAGUGUGAUCUCCGCCCGAUUCCCCCGCACUUCUCCUCGGCAUCACGUCGGCGCCUGCCUUUUGCGAACGGAGAGGUCGCGGUUUUCGCUCUGGUUGAUCAUGCUCUGAAGGCUCGUCGUGAAUCUGGAGCCGUUGGUCCAGAUGGAGCACGACAACGGAGGCGUAGUAGAUGGUGAGCAGACGCAAGAUGAGGAGGUACUACUGUCUUCGGAGGGCAAAAAGCAGCGGAAGAACCCGUCUCAAGUCCAGAUCCUUGAGAAUGCGUAUGUAGUGGCUCAGAAUCCACCUGCGACCGUGAAGGAAGAGUUGGCUAAGUUGACUGGGUUGGAUUACAAGCAAGUCCAAUAUUGGUUCGGGAAUCGGAGGUACAUGGAUAGACAUGGCCCUCGGAGGUACAGAUCUAGAAACGAGGGUGACGUGAGAGGGGUCAAUAUGGAUGGUUUUUGCAGUCCCAGCUUCAGUUACAAUUCAGUGUCGGUUGCUGACUCAAUGGUUGGAACUGAAUCUUCCACUUGUAGGAAAUCUGAGAUGAUGCAACCGUUGGUGGCCACAGGUGCAAUGUUGGUGCCUGUUGAUUUUGGCAUGCAUUUGCCACAAGAGUUACAAAAGAUAGUUCUUCAUGUUGAGAAAAAGCUCGGACAUCCUGUGAGAGCUGACGGACCAAUUCUUGGCGUUGACUUUAAGCCUUUGCCACCUGGUGCUUUUGAGGCUCCGUCAGCACAGCAUAGGGCACAACUGCAGUCUUGUGAUGGAAAAGUAACCGAAAGGCAAACUUUGAAAUCGGUCAAGCCGUACACUUCCUUGCCCACUUCGGAUUGUUGUUUAGUGACAAACUUGUCUAAUGGUGCAACGCUGGUCAGUCAAGACGAUGAUGCACUUAAUCCUGAUGGUUCUCCCAAGGCUGUCCAGGAAUAUCAGUUUUUCCCAAUGCAACCAAGCUGGUUAAAUAGUUAUGGAAGGUCCAAGAAGGAUUGUCUGUUAUCGUCAGUUAAUGAUUCAUUCUGUGAGGUGCCACCACCAUCUUCUGGAGGACAGAAUUUCACUGAAUAUGGAAAUGCUUCUUCAGCAUCUCCUUGUCAAGGUCAGCAAUUGAAUGCCAUCAACCAAUGUCCAAAAGACAAGAGAACAAGUUUUUCUUCAGAUUUAAGUGGCAAGCAGAAAGCCCCUAAUUUGCUAUAUCCAAAUACUGCUUCUGAUCCCCUGUCCAGGAAUCAUCAUUCUAUGCAGGUGGACAAUCAAUUUCUAUCAUCUGACAAGAUGAUUCCCUACCACCUCAAUUUGUGCACAAGUGAGAAGAUACAAAUGUCAGUGUCUACUGGCAGCAAUGAUAACCUGCAGCAUGAUUGUCCAGAAACUCAUUCAAUGAUUUAUGCUAAAGGCAGGCAUUCAGGUCUUGCUGAUGUUGGACAUACCAAUUUAAGACAAGCGGAUCAUGGUCAGAAUGGAGAUGCUACCAGUGACCUUCAGAAGGGAUCAAGAAAGUAUGAAAACUCCAUGAUAGUUUUCAAGGAAACUGACAACAAGAAACGUAAAAAGAGUAUACAGGUUAAUUGCAAACAUGUAUAUGACCGUUAUUUUGUGAGGCCGCGAGCAACACCAAAAAGUAGUUUAGUAAUUGAAGGAGGCUCAGAGAUUAGUUAUUUCAGCAACAUAGAUAAUUCUGUCAGAACUCUAAUUGCUGAGUGGAAUGAAAGAGAAAAAAAAGCAGUUUAUAUUGAACAUGACAAUGAGAGUGCUCUAUCAUGGUCCACUGGAUCUGAUUCAACUUGUGCUGGAUUUGAUGAACGGGUAACUGAAAUUGGGAACAGUGAUGCCCUGAUUAAAUCAGAUGAUCAAUUUGUCAUGUAUACUAAAGGGGACGAUGUACACAAGGAUCAGAAUGGACUGGAAGUCAUGGAUAUUGAUCAUGAUACUGAGGAUGAUGAGGAUGACACUGAUUAUGAAGGCUAUAAUGAAAUGAAAGAAGAUACUGGGUUCAAGAAUAUUAACAGUGAUAUAGAGAGAUUGACUUCACCCCUCUCUUCAGAGCAGACUGUCUAAUAUGCACAUGGAAGUCUGUAAAUAUGGAAAAAUCAUGUUGCAUCGGAUUGCUAUUCCUUUGGUCUUUUAAUAUAUUCUUGUUGCUUGACAGUUAUUGUGCUGUCUGCUUGGUUGAGCUGUUAUAUUUAAAGGAAGGAAACAUAAUUUGAUCCAAGAGACAUUUAGCAAUUGCUUUGCUCUUGCAGCGGGAUGGUAUCUAUUCUAUUUGGAAGCUAUUUCUGGCCCAAGUGUAAAGUGUCCAAAUAUAUCAUAGGAUGUACAGAUUCAGGUUCCAUCGUGUGAAAUUAGUCCACUAUGUUGUUGAAUAGCUUUCUUUAUGGUGCUUAUGGCAACAAGCACUAAUAACUGCUGAUAUGUUGUCCGGUUCCUGAAGUUAAGGGACCACUAGAAUAGAAUAUGGUAGCACAAUAAUUGAGCAUAUGCAUUACCUUCUUUGGUCAAGGAAGACAGCAGCGUGUACACAAGAAAAUGUAUCAUUAUGCGUGGGGGAGGCAUUAUGACUGUAUCAGACUGGCAUUAAGAGCAAGGGAAUUUUGACUAA